UUCCGCUGUUCAGCGGGAGAAACAACAGAAAUGAGUCCAGAGUUGUAACUUGUAGCUGGUUGAGUUUCGGCUUUUAUAUGCUGUAAUAUAACUUUAAUCUCAUCAAGGAUGCGACGCUCAGGAGCUCCCAGUCAGCUUUUGGGUAAUGCUGUGAAAAAACCUCGCUUUGUGCCACUAGGAGGAUCUGCUUCAUGCCCUGUAGCAGAAUCAAAGCCUCUAGCCCCUAAACUUGGCUUGGGAAAUGCUCUGGAUAAAGUCCAGAGAGGUCUUUCAGCAGCGGUUGUGAAUAAAUCAACCUGCAGUGUUCAGGGUCAAACAGGUCAGGCUGCUUCAGGUUUGUCCAAAGUGCUGGCCCGUGUUCUCACUGCAACAGAGAGUAAAGAAAAUGAGGACGAGACAAAAAAUGAAGUCUGUGCAGAGGACAUGAAUGUUUCUGCAGGAGGAGUAGAUGGAGGCCUCCAGUGGACCCACGCGUCUCCUCAAACCCCUCAGCCUCUUGCAGAUUCACCUCGUGUCUCUGGAGCCGCAGGCCCAGAUGGAGUCCGAUACUUCAGUGUGGUUUGGUGUAAAGCCAGCAAGAAGAAACACAAGCGCUGGGAGGGAGACGCCGUGCUGGUUGCCAGAGGGCGAACAGUCGUACUCAAAGACAUGGAGGGGAAGGAUAUUGGAAAGGGUAGUGGCUACAAGGUGUCAGAGCUGGCCUCGCUGUCUGAGGGAGAGACGCUGAUGAUUGGAGGGAAGGAGAUAGAGGUGAUGGGCAUCGUCUCUGCUGAGGACUUUGCCAAAGGUCGUUGUUUCCAGGAGGUUCAAACUGAUCAAGAGGAGCUGCACGCUAAGGCUGCUGCGCCUCUUCCUCGCCGCUUCAACCCCAAACCUUUCUGCCCCCCAACAAUGUUGGGCAGAGCAGGGCAUCCAGAAAAUAAACCACAAGCGGAGCAAACCAGCAAACCUCGUCAUGACCCGCUAGCUCCAGGUGCCUUAGUAAUGCCUCGCCCCUCUUCCAACCACCAGUGGCUUCAUAACAAGUCAGGCUUUCCUGUGGUCGACGUCGUCGUUGACCCACACCUGACCACGCACCUGCGACCCCACCAGAGGGAGGGCAUCCUCUUCCUCUACGAGUGUGUUAUGGGCAUGAGAGCUGCAGGUCGUCACGGCGCCAUCCUGGCGGAUGAGAUGGGCCUUGGGAAGACGCUGCAGAGCGUGGCGCUCUGCUGGACGUUGCUUAAGCAAGGACCUUACGGCGGGAAACCAGUCGCAAAGCGUGUCCUCGUGGUCACUCCUGGCAGCCUCGUGCAGAACUGGAGAGCAGAGUUCACCAAAUGGCUCGGCCGGGAACGGAUCAGUGUCUUCACUGUGGAUCAGGACCACAGGAUAGAGGAGUUUUUAUCCUCGCCUCUCCACAGCGUUCUGGUGAUCAGCUAUGAGAUGCUGCUGCGCUGCCUGGAGCCGAUCCAGAAAGUGGAGUUUGGUCUCAUAAUUUGCGAUGAGGGUCACAGACUGAAGAACAGCAGCAUCAAAACGUCCUCCGCCCUCAGCAGCCUCAGCUGUAAUCGCAGAGUCAUACUCACAGGGACCCCAGUCCAAAACGACCUGCAGGAGUUCUACGCCAUCAUAGAGUUUGUGAACCCGGGAAUUCUUGGUUCGACCACUGCGUAUAGAAAAGUUUAUGAAGAACCAAUUCUACACUCCAGACAGCCGUCCUGCUCUGAGGACGAGAGAGUUUUGGGGGAAGAGCGCGCUGCUGAACUCUCUCGUCUCACCGGCAUGUUCAUCCUGCGUCGGACGCAGGAGAUCAUCAACCGCUACUUGCCGCCUCGUCUGGACUGGACCUUGUUCUGCACGCCGUCGCCACUGCAGCAGAAGCUGUACAAACACCUGCUCUGCCACCGCGUCUUCAGAGCCUGCCUGCAGGGCUUCACACAGGGCAGCGCACACCUGGCCUGCAUCACUGCGCUGAAGAAGCUCUGCAACCAUCCUGGCCUGCUCCACGACACCGUCAAGGAGAGAAAAGAGCGCGGAUCUGUGGAGAGCUCUUUGUACGAGGGACUUGCAGAUCUCUUCCCAGAAUCCUAUUGUUCAGCAGGAUUCGACGCCGCUGACUCUGGGAAACUCUUAGUUCUGUCCGACCUGCUGAGUGCCAUCAGACAGCUCAGCCCUUCAGACCGGGUGGUCCUGGUGUCAAACUACACUCAGACUUUGGACUUGCUUCAGGACCUGUGCUCUCGUUCCGGCUACGCGUUCUGCCGGCUCGACGGUCAGACGCCCACGAGCCAGAGGCAGCGGCUGGUCGACGCCUUCAACAGCCCCUACUCUCAGAGCUUCCUGUUCCUGCUGAGCUCCAAAGCAGGCGGGGUGGGGCUGAAUCUGAUCGGAGCGUCGCACCUGGUGCUGUACGACAUCGACUGGAACCCCGCCAACGACAUUCAAGCCAUGGCUCGGGUAUGGAGAGAUGGACAGAAAAAGACGGUGCACAUUUACCGUCUCCUCACUACAGGCACCAUCGAGGAGCGUAUAUUUCAGAGACAGGUGUCCAAACAGGGGCUGUCGGGGACGGUGGUUGACUUGGGGAAAGCAGCCGAACACACGAGCUUCUCCGCCAGCGAGCUGCGAGAUCUUUUCAGCCUGACGGACACGCCGUGUUUGACCCAUGACCUGCUGAGCUGCAGCUGCAGCAUGGAUGGCUCGGCCAACGACGUGGAGGUGGAGGAGGCGGAGCUUGUUCCCGACAGGCCGUGCCAGCUCGGUCGUCAGGGCGACCGCAGGGGGGCGGCGCAGAAGCAUCUCAGCAUGUCGGAGCUCAUGCAGUGGAGACACUUCUCCGGGGACACACACACCUUCUCAGACCCUUACCUCGAUCACGCACGAAGCCACAUCACCUUCGCCUUCCAGACCACCAUCUCCCACACACCCAGCGAACAGUGACCUGCCCACACACACAUUUACACACACACACACUGUAUCUAUCUGUAUUGCGGCUUCCAAGCAGUGUUUUAUAUUUACUCUAUAAACCUCUAAUGUGUCUUAAAUGACCUUAACUGACUGUAAUAAUUUAUAAAAUAAAUGAAAUUCCAUAAAAA